AUGCGUAGUAUUCCUACACUGCACAUUGAUCUCCCUAUUCAUGUUUUACGCCAGUCACCGCAUAUCUUUGUUACCAACACAGUCCCGCUCGUCCUUGAGGCUGCGAGCUUAUCUUCCAGGCCGAUUCUUAACGAACCCAGCGGCAACUCCCAUCAUGGCCACGCCGAGCAGCAAAAUGAGCCGCCCCUUUCGGCCAAGGACUUCAAGAUAUACAAUCGAGCAGCAGAGCAAAUGGAGUACUAUCAUGGACUCCUCCGCCUAUCAUGGAACAUGCUCUGGGAGGCCUCAACCAGCGGCCGACUACCCCCAUAUAUGAAAAUGCGGCAAUUCAUCACCGAGGGGCUGCGCUUUGCUCAACAUCUUGAGAUUCAUCAUAGUAUUGAAGAAAAUCAUGUCUUCCCUCAUUUGGCGAAAAAGAUGCCCGAGUUUCGCACGGGGCGGGGUCGCCAAGCUGCCGAACUCUUGCGGCAGCAUCGGCAAAUUCAUAAGGGGCUGGAAGAGUUUCAGAAGUAUUUAGAAGAAUGUCAGGAGGGAAAGCAAGAGUUAGAAUUUGACGUUUUACGGGGAAAGAUGGAGGGCUGGAGAGAGGUUCUUUGGACCCAUUUGGACCAGGAGGUCAAGACCUUGGGAGCCGAAAAUAUGAGACGGUACUGGACGAAGGAGGAAAUGCCGAGGAUACCAAUGUAA